AUGAAUAUCAAUGAAAAUCUGACAAAAAUCUCUGAAGUAAUUGAAAAUGAAUCAUCUGAAAUUGAAUGUGAGAUAAUAAAUGAGAUUAAAAACAUUGAUAUUACUAAUGAUGAAAUACUAGCAGUGCCUGAAAUUUUGGAUUUCUGUGAUCAAACUCUGUUAGUAGAAUCCCAACCGAGUGAUGUUAAUUUAUUGGAAAAAGAAACUACGUUUUCAGAUUCGGUGGAUAAAUUUGCAAAGCUGUGUAAACUUUUAAGUGAGUUCGAAUUAAAACUAAAUGAAGUGAAAAAUACAGACAAUUUACAUUUGGAAAAACUUCUCAUUGAAAUGACAGAGCUUGCUUCUGAGCUCGGACCACAUCAAGUAAAACUUAAUCACUUUCCUAUCAAUAAAGAUAUUGACAAAAGAAAGCAAAAUCGUUUUUCAUCAUUGUGGUACAAAAAAUACCCUUACUUAGAGUACAGCAUACUUAAAGAUAGCGCAUUCUGCUAUGUAUGCUGUCUCUUUCCAAAUGGACCAGGUAGAGAGAAUAGUGAAGUUGCUUGGGUUGAAAACGGUAUCCGCACGUGGCAUAAAAUGAAGAGUCGAGGAAAGAAAGGUAAAAGAGGAAAACUAUCAGAACAUUUUUCAUCAAAAUCUCAUAAAGCUUCAUUAUUAGACUAUUGCAAUUAUUGUAAUAGUGCUCAACAUAUUAAUCUCCUCUUGGACAAGAAACAAAGACAAAUUGUUAUUAGUGAAAAAGAAGAAAUGGAGUCUAAUAAGUGUGUUAUAAAAAUUCUUAUUGAUUUGGCUCGAACAUUGGGUAGGCAAGGAAUCGCGUUUCGUGGAGAUGAUUGGGAUGAAAAUGGAAAUUUUAGACAGUUGGUAUAUUUUAUGUCGAGACAUAAUUUGGUACUUAAACGAUGGUUGAGCAACAUAAAACUUAGAAAAUAUCAUGUGACAUAUAUGAGUGCUAAAUCCCAAAACGACUUCAUUCAUUUGCUUGGACAAGAUGUUCAAAGCAAAAUUGUUUCCGAAGUUAACCAAGCAUCAAUGUUUUCAAUUAUGGCAGAUACAACUCCUGAUGUGUCACACAGUGAUAAGUUAGCAAUUGCUGUAAGGUAUGUGGAUAAUAACUGUAAUAUUAAAGAAAGAAUUGUGCAAAUAUGCGAGGUAGCUGACAAAACGGGUGAUGGAAUUGCAGAUUUAAUAAUAUCGACAAUCAAUAACCUUCAACUUGAUGUCAAUAGUGUUGUGUUUCAAGGAUACGAUUACGCAGCUCUAUGUCCAGUAACAUUAAAGGAGUUCAUGCAAAAAUUUCAGAAAAGUUAA